UACAGAUGGAGUAUGUCUGAACUAAUAUUUCACAAUUCCAAAACUUAUAAACCCAUGUGCCAAGAACAUGUCAAGGAAUGUUUUCUCUAAGGCUAGUACGAACUCUUAUUAGUCCCAGUUUUCCUAGAAUAAACGUUUGCGAAAAUAAGCAGUGAAUCGUGAUUUGAUUAUUGUGAUGAUGAGAUUCAGGAAGCAAAGAUGAUAUUUGUCUGGAUUAUGGUUGCCCAGUUUGCUCUAUCGGGAGCGGAUACUGAGCCAAUGUGUUUAUCAAGAUUCGAUUAUGAUUAUAAACUAUUAUUAAAACUUGUAGAGCUGGAAACUGGACAAAAGAGACUUCAUGAAACAAUUACGGAACAACAGACAGUAAUCAACGAACUUCAAACAACAAUAACAGGCUCUAAAUUAAAAGAAGUCGGGUCUGUUUAUACACGUUGGGGAAAAUCUUCAUGCCCUGGCAACGGCACAGAGACUAUAUAUACUGGACUUGUUGCGGGGUCACACUAUACACACACAGGUGGAGCUGCCAACUACCUGUGUUUAACACAGCAGCCAUCUUGGAACAAGUAUAACGACGAAGAACAAGCCGGCGGACUUGUCUACGGAGCAGAAUACGAGUUUGAUCUUCGAAGUCGCUCAUAUUUCUUUGGUCGAGAAAUAACUAAUGAGGAUCCACCUUGUGCUGUUUGCCGAACUGAACGGCCAACCGUCAUAAUAAUUCCUGGCAGUCGACAAUGCCUCGAUGGCUGGACAAUGGAAUACCACGGUUACUUAAGCAGUGGGUAUUAUGGACAUGCUGCCGCUACAGAGUUUGUGUGCCUAGAUGUUGACCCGGAAAUAAUUUCUGGCGGAAAGUCUGAUAACAACGGCAAGCUUUUCUACUUUACGGAAGUCCGAUGCGGUUCCUCCUCGCUUUGCCCGCCUUAUGUGAACGGACGGGAGCAUUCGUGCGUCGUGUGCUCCAAAUAGAAUGUAUUAAAUCAACAGUUCAAGACGAGCUUAUAUCCAACUUGUAUGAAAAACCAAUCGUUGAAAAAAACAGUACUGUAUCAAUAGUUGUUCGUAUUAACUGUUGAUUCUGGUGAUUUCAAUCAUUACAAAUUUACUCUGCUUUAAGUGUCAAAUGGUAAUUGUUUCUCCACUUUGGUUAUGGAGGUUUAGUUAAGGAUUGCUUUGGUGCCCUACUAAAAUUCUCAUUUAGUAGUGUCUGCGAAUAUCACUGGCCUUAAAAGCACCAGCUAUGCAUGCCUUUCUUGCCCUGGUGGCAUUGCACGUUGACAAAUUACCUGUGUCUGUCUUGUUGUUACUGGCUAAUUGCCAUUUGGGUGGAAAUACAGCUGUAUAUGUUAUGCUUUGACAGAUCAAUAUGCAUUGAUCAGAGAUCGACGCCUACCACGUUUGAAAUAGGCCUUUGAGUGAUUUUAUUUGAUUCCGUUUCCAUUUGUACAAAUUAUGUCGAUUGUAUCAUUUUUGUAUCAUUUUUGAAAUCUAGAAUCAUUACAGCAAUAGGCAUCUGGGUUUUGAUUAAGUACGCAAUUAAAAUUACAAGGACUAGCAUUGUAGCCUUAAGUGUGACCAUUGUCCUGUUAAAUGACCAAACUCGCACUAUAUUUUCAUGAAUAUCAAAAUACACUUAAAUACCUGAAUCAAUUUGAAUGAAAAAUCGGGAAGUAUCAUCCUCAAUUAUGCGAGUUCAGUUUAGGGGGUUUCAAAAUCAAAAUACAGGAUUCACCUUCUUUUUGCAAAUCGCUUCUAUGAGUUAAACAAAGCACAGUUACAGUUACAGCGACUGUUUACGGAUAAUAAGGGCGCUAUCCAUUUAUGUAAUUGUCCAAGGUCAAAGUUACGUUAUGUACAGGGAAGUCGAACUAGUAUGGAUUGAAGGAAAACAAACACCGUUUGAAUGAAAAACGGCAUAUUAACAGAUACGUGCUCAUUAUUAGAUAUUGGUUCAAAGUACAACAGUUUAAUAUUUAUUUAUGUUUCUAACGUAAAUUCAUGGAUUUAAGCGAGGAAGGCAUCACAACUUGGGCAUCUAACGUAAAAUGUUACUUGAGGAGAAAGGAAUUUUAAACGUCUGGGUUAAUCGGGAAUUAUGAUGUCAAAAUAUUUGCUACAGCUUUUUAACAACAUUUAAUUGAUAUAUUUCUACAAAAGUGGUGUGCUGAUAUUACCAAGGGUGUGAAACUUAAUAUUAUAUACUUGCUUGUGCAUAUUACGUUUUGUAUGGCUGAAUAUCUUAAUUUAUUAUAUAACAAAAACAACAGAAAUACUUUACUCAAUUACGUGUAUCAGCGCAUAGGUUACGUAUUGAAACUGGUGGGUACGGACAAAAUAGACUGCCAAGAAAUAAAACAGUAUGAUCAUUUUGCCAUAUACAGAAAAUUGAGGAUGAAUUUCAUUUUGUUAUAAGAUGUAGUUGUUUCGAUGACCUUCGAUCAAAUUUUAUUAAAAAGUAUUUUUUAUGUAAAACCUAGCAUGUUAGAAUUUACUCAACUAUAGUUAGUAGUAAUAACAAACCGACUAAUGUAAAUUGAUGUAAAUGUUUGGUACAGGCAAAUGAUAGAGGAAACUUGUAAAUCAACGAUAUUAUUUAAGUUUUGAUCGUUUGAUCAUUGUUGUAACCAUUUACCACCCGCAUUUCUAUAAUAUAUCUAAUUAACUAGCUGUACAGUUUAUUACUAUUAUUAUUAUUAUUAUUAUUAUUAUCAUUAUUAUUAUUAUUAAUAUUAUUAUUAUUAUUAUUAUUAUUAUUAUUAUUAUUAUUAUUAUUAUUAUUCACAAUAUUGCUUUACCUGAACAUUCUCCAUAUUUCGUAAGCUAUGCAUGAAUUGUUAUUGAUAUUGAUACCUUGAUACGAUGAUCACAUGCAUGCAUAUUGUAUUAACUUGUAUAUACGUGUUUAAUGAAAUGCUUUGUUGCAUAAGCCUGAAUACACUUUUGUUCUGCUU